AUGUUUGCGGUUCCAGGAUGGUCUGUUCCGUCAGACGGUCUCAAGGCUGAAGCGCCUUCCAAAAACAACAGCGCGCCCGGCACAAAAUCCAAGAAGCGCAAGCGCAACAACGCCGCUUCUGCGCAAGAGAACGUUGACUCUUCAACAGUCGCGGAUCUGUGGGAGUCUGUCAUUGAGGGAAAGAAACCAGAGAAGCAGCAGCAGCAAAAUUCUGAGCAGUCUGCUAAGCGUCAGAGAAAGCAGGGCAAGGGAAAGAAGACUGAGGAUGAAAAGCCUGAGGAGAGUAAAGAGGAUAUCGCUGCCGUUACUACUGAGGGUGAGGCCCAGCCCAAACCUAAGAAGGACAAGAAGCAGAAGCAGAAGCAAAAAUCUGGGGAGGAAUUAGCAGAAACUACCAAAUCCCCUGCAAAGGAUGCUGUUGUGAAGGCACCUCUGCCUCCUGCUCCUCCCAAGCUCACUCCCCUCCAAGCUUCCAUGAGAGAGAAGCUUAUUUCAGCGCGUUUCCGACAUCUCAAUGAGACACUCUACACCCGCCCCUCCGAAGAGGCCUUCAGCUUAUUCGAUGAAUCCCCCGAGAUGUUCGAUGAGUACCACGAGGGUUUCCGUCGCCAGGUCAAGGUUUGGCCUGAGAACCCUGUCGACAGCUUCCUCAAGGAUAUUCGUGCGCGAGGCAAGGUCCGCCAGCAAGGCAAAGGCAAGCCUGGAGCUCCCCCCACGCCUCUCUCCAAGACAACACUGCCUCGCACGCAGCAAGAGUGCACAAUUGCAGAUCUUGGUUGUGGUGAUGCUCGUCUUGCUGAGGCGCUUCAGAAAGACGGCAAGAAAUUGCGCGUCAACGUUAAGAGCUACGAUCUCCAGAGCCCAAGUCCUCUAGUCACCAAGGCUGAUAUCGCCAACUUGCCUCUUGCCGACGGUUCUGUCAAUGUUGCCGUUUUCUGUCUCGCUCUUAUGGGCACAAACUGGGUCGAUUUUAUCGAUGAGGCUUACCGUAUUCUACACUGGAAGGGCGAGCUCUGGGUUGCUGAGAUCAAGAGCCGUUUUGGUCCCAUUCGAAACAAGAACGCCCCUGUGACCCACAGUGUUGGUAACCGCAAAAAGAACGCCGUUGCUGGCAAAAAGGGCAAGGGCAAGGGUGCCGACAACGAUGCUGAGCAUGAUGAGGACUUGGCCGUCGAGGUGGACGGUGUGGAUGAUCGUCGCCGGGAGACCGAUGUGUCAGCGUUCGUAGAAGUGCUCAAGUCGCGAGGCUUUGUCCUUCAGGGAGACCGAGAGGCGAUUGAUUUGUCCAACAGAAUGUUUGUCAAGAUGCACUUCAUCAAGGGCGCAUCGCCAACCAAGGGAAAGCAUGUGAAGGAGCAGGAGGCUCCCAAGGGCAAGAGGCCAAUCAUCCGCAGGAUAGAUCCUAUCGAUGCGGAGCCAGAGGUCAAUGAGGCCUCCGUCUUGAAACCUUGCGUCUACAAGAUCAGGUAA